AGGUUACAGGCAUGAUAUUAUGAUUUUGCAUUUGGGCAUAUGCAAUUUUUAUGGGAUUCGUCUUUGUUGAACGUUGUGUAUGAGGUACCUGCGAGUUUUAAUGCAGUCUAUUUCCAGGUUGAACCAGUCAGCUGCGUCCAUGUGCUGGUUGCCCCGGCUCCUCGCCCGCUGGCUCUCCUCAGCUCUGUCUCUGCUGCUCCUCAGUGCAGUGGGCAGGCGGACGGGGGGUCUGGAGGGGGCGACGGGGACGACGUGCACCAGGUGGAGCGCACUGAACAACAAGGUCCUCUCUCAGGACGGGGACGUGAUCCUAGGUGGACUUUUUAAUCUGUAUUACAUACCUUCAGCUGUACAGCAGGACUUCAUCAAGCAGCCGCGCUAUGAACCAUGCACUGGCUUAGAUCUUGAGACAUUGAAACAUUUGUAUGCUUUGGCGUUUGCGGUGGAUGAAAUCAACGGGAACAGCUCCCUGCUGCCGGGAGUCAAGCUGGGCUACAGCAUAGUGGACAGCUGCGGCCGAUACCCGUGGGCACUGCAAGAUACACUGUCACUGGUCGGAGGAAACACACGCAGCUGCAACUUAACAGCCUCUACACCACAGUCUGCAUCGCAUGGACAACCUGGAGACACAAGUGGGAAGCCUGUUCCUCUGCUGAUUGGGGCUUCCUCGUCCACAACAGGGAUAAUACUGUCCACGACCCUGGGGCCUCUCUCUAUACCAAUUAUCAGCUACCAGGCCACCUGUCCCUGUCUGAGUGACCGGCUCAAGUUUCCUAACUUCUUCAGAACCAUCCCCAGUGACAUUUACCAGGCCAGGGCCCUCGCACAACUUGCCAUACGCUUCCACUGGACGUGGGUUGGGGCUGUACAUGCAAACACCGCCUACGGUCAAUUGGCGAUGCAGGUAUUUAAGGAGGAGAUUAAGGGGAAGGGGGUGUGUCUGGACUUCGUAGAGACCGUCCACCGGGAGACCAUUGAGAGAGAUGCGAGACGUGCGGCACUCACAAUCCAAGCUUCCACUGCGAGGGUGACUGACAGACAGUUUCUGGCCAGUGAGGCCUGGAGCACCAGUGACGAUCUCCUCCAGGACCCUGCCGUCUCCAAUGUGGCCAGCGGCGUUCUUGGCGUGGCCAUCCGAAGUUCACCAAUACCCGGGUUUGAAAAAUAUCUCAGGAAUCUGCACCCAGUUCGUCGUCCGCAUGACGGGUUCUUAAGAGACUUCUGGGAAAAGGUGUUUGGAUGUAGUGCAGGGGGGGUAGCAUCAUUUGCAUAUUCCUCUUCAUCUCCCCGUGCAUCGAAUGGCUCCACUUCAUCUCCUGCCAAGGAGUCUCUUCACAGAGCCUCUCUGCCCCCCUGCAGUGGCACAGAGUCUCUGGAGGGGCUUCAGCAUCCCUUCACUGACACCUCUCAGCUCAGGGUGGUUUAUAAUGUCUACCUGGCUGUGUAUGCUGCUGCCCACGCCCUCCACAGCCUCCUCUCCUGCUCUAGCAGAGACAGAGACAUCUCAACCUGCUCCUCUCCAGAUCACAUCAAACCAAAAGAGCUGUUGCAGCACUUAAACCAGGUGAACUUCACCACACCACAAGGUGAAAUGUUGUAUUUCCAAGGAGCUGACACUCCAGCAAAGUAUGAUCUCGUAAACUGGCAGAAAACUCCAGAGGGGCCAAUGAAGCUCGUUCUGAUUGGCCACGUGGACGGGUUCGAUCUCCUCCUUAACCAAUCAGCCAUUCAGUGGAGCACGGGAUCCAAUCAGGUGCCUGUGUCAGUGUGCAGUGAGAGCUGUCCUCCAGGCAGCCGACUGGCCAACAGGAAAGGAGAACCCGUCUGCUGCUUCGACUGUAUCCAAUGUGCUGAGGGAGAGAUUAGCAAUACAAUUGGCUCCUCUCACUGUGAUCCCUGUCCGUCUGAGUUCUGGUCCAACGCUGAUCGAACGGCCUGCGUCCCUCGCCAGCUGGACUUCCUCUCCUUUAAUGAAACUUUGGGCAUUACCCUGACGACAGCAGCAGUGUCUGGUGCCACGGUGACGGCUGCGGUGUUCCUGGUUUUUGUUUAUCACCAUCAAACCCCCAUGGUGCGAGCCAACAACUCAGAGCUGAGCUUCCUGCUGCUUCUGUCUCUGAAGCUCUGCUUCCUGUGCUCGCUGCUGUUCAUCGGUCGUCCGUCAGUCUGGGCCUGUCGCUUCCAGCAGGCGGCUUUUGGGAUCAGCUUCGUGCUUUGUGUUUCCUGCCUGCUGGUAAAAACCAUUGUGGUUCUGGCUGUUUUCCGUUCAGCUCGGGCCGGUGCUGGAUCCUUGAUGAAGUGGUUUGGUCUGCGCCAACAGAGAGGAAGUGUCGGCCUCUUCACCUGUAUACAGGUUAUCAUCUGUGCCAUAUGGCUGUCCCUCAGCCCCCCAGUGCCUCAGCAGGAUUUUGGUCUCCGAGGGUCAAAGGUCACACUGAGGUGUGCCAUGGCCUCUCUGGUGGGCUUCUCUCUGGUCCUGGGCUACAUCGGCCUGCUGGCCUGCUCCUGCCUCCUCUUGGCCUUUCUCGCCCGGAAACUCCCGGACAACUUCAACGAGGCCAAGCUGAUCACCUUCAGCAUGCUGAUCUUCUGCGCCGUGUGGGUCGCCUUCGUCCCCGCGUACAUUAGCUCUCCUGGGAAGUACGUUGUCGCUGUGGAGAUUUUUGCGAUUCUUGCCUCCAGCUAUGGUUUGCUGCUCUGCAUUUUUGCCCCGAAAUGUUUCAUAAUUCUCUUGAAGCCUGAGAAAAACACUAAGAAACACCUGAUGGCCAGAUAGUUAUUGAUGUGUGUAUCAAUUUGUUUCAUAGUAAUAAUUCCAAUUCUAAAUGUGCCUCUUUGAGUUAUGGCUUAGAUUUGUAGAUGAAUAAUAGCUUCUGUUCCCAGACAUAAUUUAAAUAAACAGUAACAACAUUAAAUGCAAUGCUACCCAAUAAACAUUUAUUAACUCUGUGCUGUGUUUAAAUACUGAACUUCAAACGAAUAAAACGCAAAACCA